AUGCCCGUCUUGCACCCCGAUGACGGGCCCGAGUCACCAACCGGGCCUGGGGAGGUGCCGCAGCGCCUCCGGCGGGCAGAGCUUGUGCUGUCGCAUCGGUGCGGCGACAUCCUGCUGGUACUCGACAGGGUGUGCGACAAGCACAACAUCCAGGCCGUGAUGCGCACGGCGGAGGCGCUCGGGGUGCAGAACCUGUGGACGGUAGCGCCAGAGUAUUUCAAGAACCUCGCGGCGAGCGAGGUGUACGUCCCUCCGGCCGACGCACCGAAAGAUCUGCCGCCGCACGCGCAGAUUGUCGGGCAGCUGCAUAUCUUCAUGAAAGAGAGGGAACUCGGCUUGCCGUCGUACACCGUUAACAACAUGGCCCCCCGCGGGUUUGGGGACAUGUGGCGUGUGACGUGUACCCUACCCGACGGGACCACGGUGGUCGGGAGGGGGGACAAGACGAAGAAGACGGCAAUGCGCUACGCUGCGGAGGAAGCCAUGAAGCUCGUCAAUCCCGAAUACAAACCACCGCAUGAGUGCCUCAACGCGAUGAAGCAGGAGGGGUGGACCAUCUGGGCCACCGCGUUCUCGCCGACGGCCCUCAAGCUGUCGAACACGCUGCCGGCGGCGGAGCUGCCGCAGAAGCUGGCCAUUGUGAUCGGCGGGGAGGCGUUGGGGGUGUCCGAUGAGAUCCUGACGGGAUGCGACCGGCAAGUGUUCCUCCCAAUGUACGGAUUCACAGAAUCCCUUAACCUCUCCGUCGCGACCGCUAUGAUUCUGCAGCGACUGUUCGACCUCAAGUACUGCGGCUCGGCGAGUACCGAACGCGGCGCGCUCUCGGCAAAAGAAAAGAAUGAUAUCCGUACGAAGUGGUGGGACCACCUCGCGGCGAACCCCACGGCGCGGGCGCGCCUCGACGACUUCACGGACCAGUUCCACUCCGCCGAGCUCGCGCCUCUCACUGACGUGCGCGACCACCGGGAGGACGAUCGGAAGCACUUUGCCGAACUCGUAACGAAGAAGUAUUGGCGACCCGACGGCGCCGCAGGAACGGGAAGCGAAGCGGCUUUUGGCAAUGCGGUGCCUCUGACAGGAAUGUUUGUGGCCGGUGCCUUGACGGCAUUGGUCCUCCAGCGUGUGCUCCUGGAGAGCAUGCGCGAGUGA